CUUUACUCAGCACUGUUAUUAUUUUAGGUCUAUUGUUCUCAAGAGGAUUUUUUUCAUUUUACAACUACUAUGGGAGAAAUUUUUUUAAAUAUAAAAUUAAAAUCGAUGUAAGAAUAUAUUCAGGAGUAUACCGAUACAACUUAACUAGGUCGCCGACUCAGUAAGGCAAGUCGCUGUAGUUAUGUAUUCAACUCUUUCUGUUGUGACAGUGAGAUUAUCAUCUUUAGCAACGAACAUAAUUACCUAAUCUAAAGAAAACGAAUCUUCCAUUUGUUCUUAUUGGAUUAUUAUAAAAAGACGUACAUCAUGGACUACACUAUCGGAAACCUCACUAUAUUAUUAAUAUCUGGACUGAUUCUAUUGAUCUAUAAGCACUAUCAGAGAGCUUAUAAAUAUUGGAAAAAUAUGGGGGUACCACAACUUGACCCUUGUUUUCCCUUUGGCGAUAUGUAUGAUACAAUAUUUAGAAAAAAAAAUAUGGGUGAUAAAAUUAAAGAAAUAUACGAUAAAAUGAAAGGACAUAGAUACGUAGGUCUAUAUUUCUUCAGCCGUAAAGCGUUUCUACCGCUCGACCCAGUGCUAAUAAAAGACAUUCUGAACAAGGAUUUUCAACAUUUCUACGAUAGAGGCAUUUAUUAUAAUGAGAAAAAGGAUCCUCUUAGCGCACAUUUAUUCUCAAUUGCAGGUCCGAAAUGGAAACAUCUUCGUUCAAAGUUAACUCCGGCAUAUUCUCCAGGCAAAUUGAAAUAUAUGUUUGAUACUAUAGUGGAAUGCGGGUACGCAAUGACAAAGAAGCUAGUGGAGAUCGGAGAAAGCAAAAAAGAAGUUGAGAUAAAGGAAAUAUUAGCUAGAUACACUACUGACGUAAUAGGAUCAUGUGCGUUCGGCUUAGAAUGUCAUUGUAUGACAGAUCCGGAUGCUGAAUUUCGCCUUAUGGGAAAGAGGGCGUUUACGCAAACUAUUGGCGAUGUUUUGAAAAUAAUCAUUAUUAGAAGUUUCCCACCUUUGGCAGGUAUUUUAGGAAUUGGGGUAUUCUGUGGGACAGUAACUAAAUUUUUCAACAAAGUUGUCAGAGAAACUAUAGAAUAUAGAGAAAAGAAUAAUGUUACCAGACCAGACUUCCUGCAGCUGUUGAUUCAGUUAAAACAGAAUGGUCAAAUUGAGGAAGAUGUACCAAUCGAAUCAAACAAAGUAACCUCUGGUACAACUUUAACAAUAGAAGAAGCUGCAGCACAAGCUUUCAUAUUCUUCUUAGCUGGUUUCGAAACUACUUCAACCACCAUCAGUUUCGCUUUAUACGAAAUGGCUGUUAAUGAAACUAUUCAAGAAAGAGCUAGAGAAGAAAUAGAUAAGAUAUUUGAUAAAUAUCAAGGCUUAACAUAUGAAUCCGUUAUGGAAAUGCAUUAUUUAGACACAGUAAUAUACGAAACAAUGAGAAAGUAUCCACCAGCUCCCGUAUUCUUACGAAAAUGUACCAAAACUUAUCGAGUACCAAACUCCAAUGUAGUAAUCGAAGAAGGACUUUCAGUACUGAUACCAUGUUAUGGACUACAUAGAGACCCCGAAUAUUUCCCCGAACCAGAUUUUUUCGAUCCAAAUAGAUUUUCGGAGGAAAAUAAAUCCAAAAUUUGGGAUUGUACUUAUAUUCCGUUUGGAGAUGGACCAAGAAACUGUAUAGGGAUGCGAUUCGCAAUGAUUCAAGCAAAAAUUGCCCUAGCAUUAACAUUGAGGAACUUCCAAUUUGGACUCAGCACAAAAACUAAACUGCCUUUAAAAAUGGAAACCAAAGGAAUCAUUUUGACACCCAUAGGAGGAUUAUGGCUAGAUUUGAAACCAAGGCCAGAGUAUAAAUAGACUAAUUAUUAAAUCACAUCUAUUAUAUAAAUAUUCAGUUAAUAUGAAUACAUCAAUUCGAGCCUGUUUUUUCG